AUGACCCACAUGAACACCUUCGGACAAAGGUCGGGUCGCUUCUUUGGACGCUUUAACAACGGGCCGGCCGUUCCAUACAACAAGUAUGGUAUUCGCCACGUGUCUCCCCUACUUACAGCAACAGCAGGAAGCACGAUUUUGGCACAGCGGCCCUACGUGGCAGACAAGGUUGACUUCAAGGGUGUUCAUCACGUGGCUCUGCUGUGCGAAAAUCUAGAGCGCUCCUUGGAGUUCUAUCAGGGUGUUCUCGGUCUUGAAAUUAAUCCCGAGCGUCCUCAUAACAAGUUGCCCUAUCGUGGCGCCUGGUUGUGGAUUGGGCCUGAGAUGAUUCACCUGAUGGAGCUGCCGAAUCCGGAUCCUCUGUCGGGCCGUCCGGAACACGGUGGACGUGACCGGCACUUCUGUAUUGGCGUGGCUGCGGUGGAGCCCCUGGUGCAGAAACUGGAAGCGGCUGGAGUACCGUAUACCAAGUCCAUGUCUGGCAGGCCUGCGGUAUUCUUCCGCGACCCAGCUGCUAGGCGGAUCGGUUGGGCUGAACGUGUAACUGCCACCGGUUUGCCGCUAAAAGGGCAAUAGAUUACUUCUUCUGGCUUGUGCAUGAAAAGAUCAUUUUCGUGCGCGACGAGAUUCAUGGAAGACAGGUUGUAGGCAAUUUAUGUCUUGGAGGAUAACGGUUUUACGAGCGCUGUCCAAUGAUCUCUCUCUUAUUGGGGGCACAUGACCGGGGAUAUAUGUAACAUUAUAAUAGUAAG